AUGUGUGUAUAUAAACAUGAAUAUCUCAAAGAUUCUCUAAAAUUAAAGACGAUGUGUGUGAUGGGGAAAAGAAGAACACCAUGCUGUGACAAUAGCCAAGUUCUGAAGAGAGGGCCAUGGAGUGAUGAAGAAAGUGAAAGACUCAAUGCUUUUAUUCUAAAACAUGGUCAUCACAACUGGAGAUCUCUUCCUAAACUAGCUGGAUUGGCGAGAUGCGGAAAGAGUUGCCGUUUAAGAUGGUUAAACUAUCUGAGACCAGGUCUCAAACGAGGCAACUUCACCAAAGAGGAGGAAGAUACCAUUAUCCACCUCCAUCAAGUUCUUGGAAACAAGUGGUCAAAAAUAGCAUCACACUUACCGGGAAGAACAGACAACGAGAUCAAGAAUGUGUGGAACACUCAUCUCAAGAAACGAUCGGUGAAGAGCAACUCAGCAUCAGAUGUUACCAACCAAGCCUCUUCAGUGUCCUCUUCUUCCUCAUCAGUCUCUACUGACGUUAUUAACAGCGAGAAGCAUAAUCAGGAAGAGGAGUUGGAAAAUAUAUUGGUGGAGCAUAUUGCAUGUGGAUUUGAGGUGAAUGCACCACAAUCACUAGAAUAUCUUUUUGAAGAUCGCCAGAUUCCUCCUCUUUCUAUAUCUAAACCGGACUCUCUAGAAAUCCAUAUGCAAUCAGAUGAUGAUUUGUGUAGCCGAAUGGUUGAACCAGGGUUAGAUGUUUACAAUGAAUGGCUCAGCUAUUUUGAUAAUCAAACUUUGUAG